AUGAAAACAAGAAAACCAUUGGCAGGUAAAACUUUAUGCUGCACUGGUGUAGAGACCAAAACAAGACUACAAAUUAUUAAAAACAUUGACACUUUAGGUGGUAUCAAUUAUGACGAUUUAAUGACAGAUGUACAAUAUUUAAUUGUUGGAAAUAGAAAAACAGAAAAAUAUAAAUUUUGUAUAAAAUAUAGACCAGAUAUUAUAUUUUUAACUCAAGAUUCUAUAAUAAAAGCUUAUGAAAAUUGGAAAAUUGGAGAAAUUGAUGAAAUACGACUUGAAGAUUAUAAAUUACCAAUAUUUGAUGAGAUAAAUACAUGUUUUUCAAGAGUUGAUUUACCACAAUUUCAAAUUAAAAAUCUUAUAAAUAAUGCAAGUUUCCGAAAAUCACAUAUAAGAGAAGAAGAAUUUACUUCUAAAAAAUUAAUGCAAUCGAUCCUAGAUAAUGGAGGUAAAGCUAAAGAAUCAUUACUGAAUAAUCAAGAUUGUAUGAUUAGUGCAGAUCCAAGAGGAACAAGAUAUGAUAAAGCAAUUGAAUGGAAAAUUCCCGUUGUUCAUCCAAUUUGGAUAUUGGAUAGUAUAUUAAGAGGAGCUGCUCUAGAUUUUGAGGAUUAUAUAUUACAAGAAGAUAAUGAUCAACUUUAUGAAAAGGGAUGUAAUGAUUGGAAUGAAAUUAUUAAUCCAAAACCAAUAAAGGAGAAGUUACCACCAAUCACAACAAACAAAGACCUACCCAAAAAAGUGAAUAAAUCACAUAAAGCUGAAAUUUGGAAUUCAAUUAUGGAUAAUACAAAAGUACAAAAAAAAUCAAAAGAACAAGAUAGUACUUGGAAUGAUGAAGAAAGUGAUUCAGAAAAUGAAGAACCACUUAAACCAACAACAACAAUUGAUAAAAAAAGCAAAAGUACCUUGUUUCUAGGAUUUUGUUUUUUAUUUGUUGGAUUAAAUUCAAGAGAAUCUGAAUUAUUAAGUGAAAGAAUUGAAACUUUUCAAGGAGAAAUAACAAAAGAUGUUUAUGAUAAUUCAAUUACUCAUAUUUUAGUUUCUGCUAAUCAAGGUAAUCAUACUCCAUCAACUUUAAAACUACUACCUUCUGAAACUAAACAAAAAAUAACAAAUGGAGAAAUUAAAUUAGUUACUGAAUUUUUUAUUGAAAGAUGUAUAUUUUAUCAAAAAGUGAUAUUAGAUAGAUGGGGUCAACCAAUAAAAGGAUUAAUUCAAUCAACUAAAAAAUUUAAAAUAUCAACAACUGGAUUUACUGGAAUUGAAUUAUUACAUAUAGGAAAAUUAAUAAAAUUUCUUAAUUUUGAAUAUUGUGAAUCAUUAUCAGAUCAAAGAGAUUUAUUAAUACUAAAUAUUAAUUUAUUUAAAGAAAGUUUUAUGAAAAAUUCUCCUAAAUUAUUUCAAUAUAAAUGUAAAGAUAUUUUAAAUUGUCCUACAUAUCAAUCAGGUCAAUCAUCAGUAUCAUUAUUAUCAGCAAAAAGUAAAAUAGAUGCCGCAAAGAAAUGGAAUAUACCAAUAGUUUCAAUUGGUUAUUUAUGGGAAAUAUUUGAAAUAUCAAGAUAUAAAUCAAUUUUAUUAAUGCCAGAAAUUUCAAAUCAACAAUGGUGUAUAUAUGCACCAAUAAAUUAUACAAGACCAAAAUCUUUAAUUGAAUAUAUUAAAAAUUUAAAUGAAGAAGCAUUUGUUACAAAACUGAUAGAAAAAGGAAGUGAUGAUGAAAAUUUAAUUAAAUUACCAUCCCCCAAAAAGAUAAAAACAAAACAAAAAUAUGGUAAAUUAAUUGGAACUUCAUCACCACAAUCAAUUAGAAAUAAAUUAAUUGAAAUUUCAAAAUCAAAUAAUUCAAUUGGAGAAAUGGAAGAAAAUAAUCAAAAUAAAGAAAAUUAUGAUAUAACAAUUGAUGAAGAUUUAUCAUCACAAAUAAGAUAUGAAGAUGAUGAAUCUAUGAAUAAUCAAGAAAGAUUAUUAAAGAAAUUAGAUAAUUCAUUAAAUAAGAAUGAUGAAAUGGAACUUGUACAGAUAAGGAAACGAAGAAGGCGAUAA